UUUCUGUAUUAUACUGCUAAGUAACUAUGGUGCAAAUUCUCGUGCGUCUUCAGACAAUCGGACGAUUGCACCACUUCCCUCCCCCGAAAAUAAAAGGGGAAAAAAUGAAAAGAAGAAAUGUUUUUCUCACUCAGUUUUAGCAUUUUGUUUCGUUGAAAUGCAAGACAGGUACUUGAUUUAGCAUUUAAGCAAAAGGUUACACAAACCGCGUUUUAGAAAGUGUUGGGAUGUCCGACAGGGUCAGCCCCAGAUCAGAUCAUUUUUUGAAUACAGACCUAAAGAUAAUGAGUACUUGUUGUAUUAAAGGGGACAAACAGUACUUUGGCUUCCUCUGACCCCAGAACGCACGGCUCGGUUUCAUUGAUCAUCCUCCUUUAUGAGAUAAUGCAAUUACAAACAUCAAUAAGGGGCUGCAAGGGGAAUCAUUAUGCGGUGACAGUGAUAAAUGACGGUGCAGAAAUAGCUUGCUUUUUCCCCCCUAACAAUCCAGGAGCCCAGGGGCUCCGGGGGCUGAACACAGUCGCCAAGGAAACAGAUGACAUCCCAAACGGUACCAAAGGAAAAAAAAUGAACAGUCUUUCUUUGCCUUUCACUCUUUUCCGUCUUCCAAAGAGUUAGUUUUGGCUCUAGCAGCAGCUGCCACACAGGCAUUUCGUUAUUUCAGACAUUAAAGACGAGAGCGGGCAGUGGGAGUCUCCUCCCUGCCAUCCCCACCCCCUCCAGAUAACACACAAAGCUGGCUGUUCACAGUUUAGGACUACCUGAAAACGCCCUUCUCCAAGUCAGACUGAGAUGAGGUGGAGGGGUAGGGGGACGUGGAUUUACACAGCCACUGCGUUGUGUUUUCUCUGCUUUUGUCCAGGGAAAACUGGGUCUCCAGAACAAACUGGCGCCCGGAGGGUCUGCCAGGAAAGGGACGGGCGCUCCCGGCCCGCCUCCUUCUCCUUGCGGCUGCUAGGGGCGGAGGUGCAGGCGGCUGCUAGGUGCUAGGUUUGGUGCUGUCCUGAGUUUCUUUGAGAUGCAAUUAGCAGGGACUGCAAGAUCUCCCCUAAAACCAAGAAUCUUGUUCUUUAAAAUCCCGGGUUACCCUCAGAAAGGGUCUUCAAAGGGGCCUCGCUGAGCAAUUCCCACCCUCCCAAAUCCAGAAAGGUGGAUGUGGUAGGCGGAGGCAAAUAGUCCCCGGGUUACCGAGGCAGCAGGGCAGGACCGGCGCUUGCAGGGGGCUGGGAGGCAAGUAGAGCCCCAGGACUCCAGCACUCUAGAGUCUAGGCGGAGAGGGAAACUUUUGGGGGGAAGUGAACCAAGAAAGUGCUGAGGUUGAGGGAGGCCUAACAAGAAAGCACAAGAGCAGUGAGCAGGAGAACGAGUGCGCAAUUCUACUGCUCAAGCAGGUCUCCAGCCCGGAAAAAGUAGUCCUGAGCUCCUGAGCCCUGCCCGGCGCGCCUCAGCGCGGAGCUAGGGACCCACGCGGCGCGCCCAGCCACGCGAGGCCUCCGAGGGUAGGAGAGGCCCGGGAGGGUGGGGAAAGCAGGCUUCAAGUCGGGAUUUCCCGGGGCUGGGCAGAGCGCGCCGGGAAGGCAGCAGGCAGCGCGCGGAAAGACGACCCCAAUGACCGGCCAGCCAGCACCAAGGUUCUAAAAGCGCCCCGACAUCCCCACAGAGACCUCUAAGAACCCAUUUUUAGGGCCAAGACUCUUCAAAGCGCAAACGUUGCCGAAUGGAUUGCUCAAUAUGUUGUUUGUUUUCCUUUCAGCUCCGCCUUGGGAGAGAAUUUUAGGCGCAAGCGGAAAGGGGAGCCCGCCCCCUCCGUGCCACCAGCCUCCCGCUUCAGGCUGGGCCCCCACUCACUCGCUCCCUCUUGGCGCUCUCCGGGGCCCUGGGAAUCCCAGUGUCUUAGAGGCGUUGCUCCCACACGACCCUAGCUCUACGCGCCGCCAAAGAGCCACUAGGUGCGGGGUAGCGUUGGGCAGGGGAGAGGGACCAGGAAACACGCCGGGUCAGGCAGGGCGUCCCACUACUCAGUUCCACUCCGCCCCACCCGGUUUUCAAACGACUACCCUGGAGCUUUGCACGAUCGAGUCACGUUUUGACCGCCUUCGCCCAGGCAGAGGGUCUGCCGGGGCCGUACGGCGGGGGAAAGUGUGCUGGGCUGUAAAAGUCCUCCCAAGUCCCAGCCGAAACCGCCGGCGCCGCCCACUGCCCCGGGCCGCGGCGCCCGGCGCCGGACCCCCGCCCUCGCGCCCCGUCCGCCUGGCAAAGUCUCGGGUGCCCUCUGCUUCCCAAGCUCUCUGGGUCACAGUUCUCGAACCGACGUGGGACUCGGGAGUCGGGACUCCGAUGUGGCAGAGUCCGAGGGAUCUCGAGUCCAUUGCAAAGCACCGGCGGCGAUGCCGAGGGAAGGGCCUGCUCGGGCGGGAGGCGUCUCCCCAAACCCUGCGAGCGGACCCCACGCCUUCGGGUCUCCAGAGAGGACACCAGCAGCCCUUCCUUUCAGGUGGGGGUGGGGAGGACACGGCAGGAUCCCGCAGGCUCUGGCAGCGCCUCGGGCGCUGGGGCGCGGCCGGGACCUGUGCGCCUCCGCCCCCGCCUCCGCCCUGCGCCCAGGCCGACGCCGCGCGCCGCGCGGCCAGGGGCAGCUGCGUGGCGGCUGGAGCUCGGGCAGGGCCCUCGGGAUUUUCCCCAGGGGCGAGGAGCGCAGCCCGCCCCAAACCCGGCAGCUCCUGCCCCACCCGGCCCGCACUCGGGGGCGCUGCGAGCUGCACGGAACGGGGGCGCAAAGCGCGCGCCGCGUUGGACGCGCGCGGGGGUCGGGGGGGGGCAGGGCUGUGACUUUGCUUCUGGGAAUCUCCCCGCUUCCCUAGGAAGUUUCCCGGGGGGCGCCUCUGCCGCCGGCCGGGGCCACCGCCAGUCCUUCCGUGCCUGCC